AUGGCCUCCGACGCGGCAUUCGCCUAUCAUGAACCCUCCAUCAAAACAGUCCUCAACUACACCGGAUUUCUUCUAGUCUUGAACAUAGCCAACACCUGUCUAGACAAAUUGCUUUACUGUGGACUAAUUGGUCAACUGUUUAUCGGUGUCCUGUGGGGCACACCAGGCGCGAAAUGGCUCGAUCGAGAGACAGAGACAGUCAUCCAGCAAAUCGGCUACCUAGGCUUGAUUCUUUUAAUCUAUGAAGGUGGUCUAUCUACCUCAAUCAAGGCCUUGAAGGCAAAUAUCCUUCUAUCAACGGCCGUCGCCUUGACCGGGGUGUGCGCCCCAAUGGGCCUUACCUUUAUUCUCAUGGAACUCGUCUCCGCAACCCCCAUCCAGGCAUUCUCAGCCGGUGCAGCAUUAAGCGCAACGAGUCUAGGAACAACUUUCACCAUCCUCUCGACCACGCAAUUGACCACUACAAGGCUCGGCACUGUGACUACCAGUGCCGCAAUGCUAGACGACGUAGUUGGUCUAGUCAUGGUGCAGAUUAUUUCCAAUCUUGGUGGAAACUCUUCCUUCGACGCUGUGACGGUCAUUCGUCCUGUGUUCGUGUCACUUGGUUUCGCAGUUGGCCUGCUACUGCUAUGUGCAUAUUGCUUGGGGCCGGCGCUGAAGAUACUGCUCAAGUACAGCCACCGGCUUCCGGACUUUGCGGGUACGGCUCAAUUCGCAUUUCUGGCACAAACGUGUGUUCUGGUUGGGAUCGUGGCUGGUGCAACGUAUGCAGGCACCUCGAGUCUCUUUGCGGCAUAUCUUGCCGGUGUCAUCGUCUCAUGGUUUGAUGGGCUGGUUGCUGAAUCGAAGAUACAACCAACUGCUUUGGAACCGGCAGUCACUCAAGCAGACUCUACCUCAACCCAAGGAACUCCUGCCCGAAUAAGCUCUCGCGAUGCCAAUGACCAUUCUGACCAAUCUGAUUUGCGGACCGAGCAAACAGAAAGCCACCAACAUGUCACUGGUGAAAUGAUCUACGAAAGAUACUACAAGGAGCCUACCAACCGGAUCCUUCUUCCCCUGUUUUUUGCCUCGAUCGGAUUUGCAAUCCCAAUCACGAAAAUGUUUUCCGGUCAAAUUGUUUGGCGCGGCGUGAUCUACGCCAUCCUAAUGGGAAUCGGCAAAAUAAUCACUGGACUGUGGCUAGUUCGAUUCUCUUCAAACCCGCUAGCAGGCCUGGUAUCUAUAUUCAAAAGACCAUUGACCUACGCCCAUUCCUGCGUCAAGCCACGAAGCCACGAACAUCCCAGAAAAGCGAAAGCGAAAGCCCAAGGAAACGCUCGGCGUUCAAACCCACAGCCCAACCAGACGAGCCCCCAAACGCACGAGACUGCACCUCGUUCACAACUCUCGUUGCCGCCGAAACCCAAGUCUUUAUAUCCACCUUCUAUCCUGGGUCUGGCUAUGGUUGCAAGGGGUGAAGUCGGGUAUCUGAUUGCUUCAAUUGCCGAGAGCCAGGGGAUAUUCUCCAAUGGAUCAUCGGAGGGACCAUCUGAGAUUUAUCUGGUGGCCAUCUGGGCGAUUUCACUGUGCACCUUGAUAGGUCCUAUUUUGGUCGGAACGCUGGUCAAACGCGUGAAGAAGCUGCAGAUGUCUAGAGAUCGGGGAUCUGAUCCUCUCGGGGUUUGGGGGAUUUAG